CGAUAAGUCGAGAUUUCGCGCCUAUCCAACCGCUAGUAAGAGGUUCAUACAAAAAAAAGACUCGCAGCCGAACAAACACCCCCCCUUCUGCGGGUUUGUUAGAAUUCGCUCUUGCCCGUGCCACAGUGAUUACAUUCUUUUCUUUUCCCUCCGAAGCACAGGAGCAAGAUUCAUAUUCCAAUCCAAGUCGACAACGCGAAGGUCGAUUGUCGGAUUUCAGAACCCCCUUACUCCAGUCUUUUCAGACUCGCAAAACCGAGGGAGAAAAAAAAAAAUUAGUUGCCGAUCUUUCCGCGACAUUCCCUCGGCACGCGACCGCAACCGGACAUCCGGGCGGCAAGCCUUGAAUUGUAUCGUUGAAGUUCUCGACGACACUUGAACAAACACAAAUCAAAAUGAAGGUCUUCUCCAACACUGAAGUCUUCAACUACACCUGGGAGGAAGUAUCGACCGCCAACUGGCGGAAAUACUGCCCAUGGAACCAAAAAUCGACGCACGUGGUGGCGGUCGACACGAUCAGCCGGACGGUUGACCCCGAGACGGGCAUCCUGCGGACGGAGCGGCUCAUCACCUGCCGGCAGAGCGCGCCCGACUGGCUCAAGAGCCUGAUGGGCGGCAACAUCGAGGACUCGCACGUGUUCGAGACGUCGUACGUCGACCCGCGCAACAAGACGGUCACGAUGGUGUCGGCAAACCUCACGUGGAGCAACCUGAUCAACGUGCAGGAGACGGUCGUCUACCGCCCGCUCAACGACCAGCAGACGCGCUUCGAGCAGGCCGCGCAGAUCACGGCCCUCUGCGGCGGCUGGCAGCGCAUCAAGAACCGCAUCGAGGACACCCUCGUCAAGCGCUUCCACGAGAACGCCGUCAAGGGCAAGGAAGGCUUCGAGGCCGUCCUGGCCAUGAGCCGUCGCGUGUUCGCCGAGGAGCGCGAGCGCGAGCGCCUGUCGCUGCUCCAGGCCCAGGCUGGCAACAUCCGGGCGGCCGCUACCGCGUAAAAAGGGGGCGAGGGAGACUUGCGGAUAACAUCAGAUAACAUCAAUUCACCGUCUCGCCUGGCGGGCGAAAACAGCGACGUGCAGCAAUAAAUCAUUAGACAGCCCCCGACUGCCCCGGGGGGGGGGGGGGGGGGGAAGGGGGGUCAGAAACAACAUCGAACCGUGCUCGUCCGAGGCAAUAAAGAGGGGCGAUGCACCUACAACGACGGACAACGAAACGGACGCAUCAUCAUCAUAAGAAAAAGAAGGACUUUCUUGCAUUUCUCAGGUGGGGCCGCGCUUUGUUUCUUUCAAACGGCCUCGCCUAGGGACGGAUGG